UUAGAUCUAUGGAUGUAAACAUUUUGCAACAUAUUAUAAAGGUUAUUAAUGGUACAUCUUUAGACUCCAAAAGACUGGUUGUGGUUUGUUUUCCUUUAAACGUAACGUUAUAUUUUGUUUGCACAGGUUCUUUUUAGAAUAGAGCACCAACAGGGUCAUACGUUCAAGUGUACUUUGACAAAGUGGAUCAAAACGAAAAGAACACUUGUGUUAACAAAGUUUUAUAGUGAAAAAAAACAACGUGUGACGUCAUGACGUAGCUGGCACAAGAUUACCGUAAAGCAUGUAAAAAACGAGUAAAAUUCUUUAAGGGGAGGCGGUAGUUGUGUAUUGGGCAUAACUCGGUGCUUGGUCAAAGGCGGAUGCACCUGCGCCGAACUGGAGCGCAGUUUAGCGUUCGUUUGAGUUUCUUAGGGACAUAGAAUCAACUUGCUGAUGUGUCUCAGCCUGCCAACUGCCAGGAGGACUCGCCUCGUGCUUCGGCCUUUGGGAGGAUCGCGCAGCCACCCCACUUCAAAAUGGCGUCAACACGUGUGGGCGGGAGAAGGCACUGCACCUCUACUCGGAUAGUUGCGGUAGUUCUGGAGGAAGCGCCAGAGAGGCGGGAGCGCCGCGGCAGAAGACGCCGACAGACGAGAGCAUUCAGGCCGCCGCAGCGAGCAAGCGAGCCGUCCCCCUCCGCACGCGACCCACCAUAAUUUUGGCCAGGCGGAGGCGCCGCCGGCUUCCACAGCGGCCCUCGGCAUGAACCGCUAGUAUGAACGGAACCGUGUACAUUCCCUUCUUCCAGGGCCAGCUCGAGUCUGUCCUGGAGCAGGUGGUGCAGCUGGCCGUCCACGAGAUCAGCUCAACGGUUGGCUCCAGCCUCAACGCGUUGCUCCUCGAGGCCGCCGUCCAGGAGCAGGAGAACAGCCGGCUUCGGCUCCGCUUGCAGGCGUGGGAGAGACCCUGCGGGCAUGACGAGGGGGGCGCCGACAACCGGCAGGGCCAAGCGGAGGCGGCGGCCCGCGAAGACUACGGCCCGGACGCGGGCAGGACAAAACGCCCGCAACUGGUCGAGCCCCGCGGAUCCACUGGCGUACCCACCGACAGCCGCAGACUGGAGCAGAGGUGCCGAGUCGUGGAGCAGCUGAAGUGCGCCAUGGAGCGCGUCCUGCACUCAGCCCUGUGCCAACUGAAAAAGAUGGUAGAAGCUUCCUUUGAUGACCUCCUGCUGGAGAUCACGCAGAAGGAGUGCGAGAGGCAAGCGCUGCAGACCCAGCUGGACCGCCGGCUGGCCACCACGCACCAAGAGGCUCCAGACAACCCGGGGAUUCCCAUCGGCUUAGAAGAUGCCCUCAAAGACGCUGGCCGAGAGCAGCCCAGGGCUGAGGAGGCGGGCGGGGCCCGUGGAACGGAGGACAAGGCGGACGCCGUGGCGUUCGGGCAGAAGUGGUCUGGAGACAUCUGGAAGCUGACAGGGUCAGCAGGAGGAGGCGGGGCGGCUGGGCGCAGUUCAAGGGAGGGCCCUGCCCCACCGCCGCUUCCUCCCCACAUUAUGGAGCUGACGCUAGAGUCGUCCCCCCUGCAGGAUCCCCGCUGGACGCCCCUGGAGGACAUGGACGUUCUCGGCCCCGACCGGAACGCCACUCCUCCACCUGCACCUCCGCUGAGGCCUUCAGGAAGUCGGGGCGGUCGCUCGUCAGCCUCCAUGUUGCAGCGUCUACUGACGGCGUCGCAGCUCCCGGAAGACCACGCAGGCGGCGCCCACAAGAAGCCGCAGGGCGCUGAGGUGGCGCCUGCUGACCAGGGCGCCAAGCAGGAAGAGGACGAGCACAAGCAGGAGGAAGAAGAAGAAGGAAUAGAAGAAGACGAAGAGGAGCAGGAUAAAGGGAGAAAGCGACGCAAGGUCUGGUCCGAGUGCGAAGACUGCGGCCGCAGGUUCAGUCGCGUGUUGCUGCUCAAAGCUCAUCGGCAGAUCCAUGCCGACGCAGGCAUCUCGCCAUCUCAGUGUUCGCACUGCGGCAAGACGUUUUCCUCGGCCGGCCGCCUCCGCAGCCACCUGCGCGCCAAGCACCAGUCGUAAGCCCCGCUACGCCUCGCCCCAACCCAACCCAUCGGCACAAUGGUACACGUCCACAAGCGUGCGCUUAUGGCGGGUCUUUGCGACCAAUGUCAAAUGUGCCAAAAGGGAGACGACGCCUUCAUUGUGACGAUGACCACUCCAGUUUUCGGCGCCAUCGUCGGAUCGAUCACUUUUUCCAUUUACGUAUCUAUCCCCUCGUCGCCAUAGAUGAUCGUUCGCAAUAUGUAUAUAAGAAGCAGCACUAGUUUUGAUUUUUUUAUUGUGUUGCCACUCAUGCACACUUGAAGCACAUUUAAACACCCCAAAACUUAAAGGAAUUGUCGGGAAAUCUGAUUUGAGAUACAAGUGUUUUGAGUUAGGAGCAAGGAAGCAAUUCAGUUCCUAUCUCAAGGCUUUCGAGAGCCACGAAUGAUCCCAACGCGACUACCACAUUUACUCAUUCCAGACUCUCCUGAAAACUCAAAAACAAAACUACUCCAAGAAUUGCUUCAAAAUGAGCCGUCGAGCGCGGGUUCACCGCGUUCGAAAGUUGUCUGCGACAAAGCUGACGUCGGCUCGGCUCUCAGGACUGCUGUCAAGUUUAUCCUCAUGUUUCACUUAUAAACGUUUACUGUGA